AUGACUUCACGCGGCAAGAAAAUUUUAGCUAUGAUAACUACCAACCAAAAAUCCAAAAGUGAUAUUGAUAAUAAUGAAUUUAAUAAGACUGAUGAACAAACGAAGAAUACUAAUGAUAAUAAACAAAAUAAGACUUAUAAUGGAACUAACUGUGAUAAUAUUAACGUCAUUGAACCUACCGAAAGUACAAAAAAAAUAAAAUUUGAUAUUGAAAAUCUACCGGUGGUGAUGCUAGAUGGACAGAAUGAGCUUGAGAAUUCUAAAGAAGAUAAUGAAGAAAACAAUCUUGUUUCCCUGUGCUUUGAUAGCCUGUUGGAGGAUAACGCUACAGUAUCGCUUGAAGAGGAAUCUUAUAUGUAUGAGCUAGAUGAAAAUGGUGUGCUGAUUAAUCAAACUCUGCUAAAUCCUUUGGAAAUAUCGAUCAAUUCAGAACUUGAACAAUCAACAAAUAAUCUAGAAAGAUCUGAAGUAAUGAAUGAUUUGCUUGAUAACAAUGAAACUGGCAGUGAAUCAGUGAGGAGUAGCUCACUAGAAAAAAACGAUGGAGUCGUAGAACAGAAUUACCAAUCAACCUAUGAUAAUGAAAAAGAUAACGAUUCAGACUACCAACCCGAAUCGGAAAUCAACAAUAAUAGUUCCGAUUCGGAGGAUUCGGAGAUGAUUGAUCGAACAGAAAAUGCCAAUUUAGAUGCAGAAAUUGGGAAUCAAGAAGAAAAUAAUAAGGCGCGUAAAAGAAGAUUAGUUGCCAAUUCGGAAGAGUGGAAAAGAAAUAAAAAUAAAAAACUAAGGCUAGAAGGAAAACCUUAUCUCGGUUUUAGCAAGAAGAAAGGAGAGAAAAUGAAGCAGGAUACUCAAAGGGUUGAACGAAGAUUGAAAGAAACAUGCAAAUCUACAAAAUGCAAAAAAAGAGACAAAAGACUUCAAGUUUGUAGGCAAAUGUUCAUAAAAACUUUAGACCUAGGAUAUAAAACUAUCCAAGAUUGGGUAAGUAAGGGCACAUUUGGCAUGGGUUCCGAAUCUUCCAGGAACACCAACUAUAACAAGGAUAAAUACGCUAAUCAGUACAAAAAUCUAAAUACAUUUUUUGAGCAGUUACCUAAGUUGCCAGCACAUUAUUGUAGAAAAGAUACCUCAAAACUCUACCUAGAGCAAUCCUUCCAGACCUUCACUGAUCUUUAUAAAGCUUACACAGACUAUUGCACAGAAGUCGAUACUGGUCAGCCACUCAACAGAAAAAUUUUCAGAAAAGCGUUUAAAGAGAAAAACCUCUCUAUAUUUUCACCUAAGAAGGAUCAGUGCAAUACUUGCUUUUCCUAUAAAUAUAAUAACAUUGAGGAGUCAAAGUGGAAAACACACAUUGAAAAUAAAAAUAAAGCUAGGGAAGAAAAAAUCAAAGACAAAAAGUUAGCAGAAGAGGGUAAAUGUAUUGUUUUGACAAUGGAUUUGCAAGCGGUUAAGUUGUCGCCUUAUGUUCCUGCAGGAAAACUAUACUUCAAGACAAAAUUAUGCUGUCAUAAUUUCACUAUCUAUGAUCUUGCCACAAGGGACGUCACAUGCUAUUGGUUUUCUGAAGAUCAGAAUAGUGACUUAUGUGCAUCUACGUUUACAACGUGUAUUAUUGAUCAUUUAGAAUCCAAAUGCAUAACAGAAUCCAAAGUACCAAUUAUCAUCUACUCUGACGGAUGUGGUUUUCAAAACCGAAACAAAAUGUUGGCGAAUGCUUUGCUGAACUUGGCAAUGAAACAUGAAGUUACCAUUUACCAAAAGUAUCUUGAACCGGGGCAUACCCAAAUGGAAUGUGACUCGGUUCAUAGCCUAAUUGAGCGUAAAUUAAAAAACAGAGAAAUUCACUUACCAAGUGAUUAUUGCUCAGUGUCAAGAGAAUGUAGGGUUACUCCUAGACCUUAUGAUGUAAAGUUGCUGGAAUUUAAUUUCUUUAAAAACUAUGCAGAAACUAAACAUUUAAGAUACACUUCUCUCAGACCUGGCAAAAGAGCCUAUGAGCCAGGAAUAAAUGACAUAAGAUGUAUCAGAUACACUGCGCUGCCAACUCCUGAAAUAACUGUUAAGCUUUCCUAUGAAGAACCCUAUAUAAGUCUGCCAGUUAGGCCCAAAUCGAUCCCAGUUAUUGAUUCAUACCCACCCCUGUUAAGUGCACCUAGCAAAAUUAAAAAAUCUAAAUGGGAACAUCUACAGGAACUUAAAUCGGUACUGCCUAAAGACACUCAUGCAUUUUAUGACAAUAUUUUGUAUACCAAAUAA